GUACUAGUGAAGCUUUUUUAUAAUUAUAAAAUAGCAACAAAAUGGCUGAUGAUGAUGAUGAUGAUGAUGUUGCUACCAUACUUGAUGGAAGCUUUAAUACCCGCCUAGGCAACCUAGAUCAGGAGAUUGGAGGAGUUGUGCUGCCAGGGACUAAACCAAAUCCUGUUGUCCAAAAACCACAGGAUUAUGAUGAUGAUGGUUAUGAGUACUAUGAUGAUGAUGAUGAUUAUGAAUACUAUGAUCCAGAUAACGAUGGCAAUCGUGCACUAGGCCCUGUUUCCCCAGAACCUGUGCCUAUUAGAAAAAGCAAAUGGCAUCCACAGGUUGGGUUAGCUCCCAGUCCAAAUGUUAAAGAUGUUGGUAGUAAACUAGAUUCUAGAAAUAGGAACUAUAAACCCCACACACCAAGGAAAGUUGAGAUAUUUAACGAUAAGGAAUAUUUAAAACGAGUAAAGAGUCCUAAGUUUGGUCGGAAGAGUAAAAGUGCUGUUGUGGAGAGUACACGAACAAUACAGAGUCCUGAGGGAGAGUUGUUAUCUUCUAAAAGACAGCAGAGGAGUAGAGAAGGAUCAUUGUACAGGGUUAAAACUGCAGACGUGGUCUCUCACACUCAGUAUGAGGCGGCAUUCUCCAAGAAAGGAUAUGAAGUCAAACCUAAACCUCAGGAGGAUUGGAAAGCUAAAAGUGCGAGGUUACAGAAGGAACAUGAGCAGUUGCAGGUUGACAUAAAACGAAUGGAGAAUGAUAAUCGGAACGGACAUUACAAAUAUUAUAAUUCUAAUGGAACCCAGACCUUGGAUAGGAUGACCUCUGCAGAGAAGAAACUAGCCGAGGUUGACCGGCAGAGGAAACUACUUGAGAAGGAAGAGAGAAACUUCUUGUUAGAUAAAGAGAAGUCACAGAAGAAACUUGAGUUAGAGGAAAGGAACUUCUUGUUAGAGCUGAAGAGAGUUGAACUAGCGAGGAAAAGAAUUGAACAGUUAGAGAGGGAUGAACUCAAAAUGAUGGAGAAUACACAAGCACUGGAAAAAAGUGCAGAUAAAAAGCUAAGAAUUUUAGAAGAAGAAAGAAACCAAGUGAAAGACCAAAAGGAGCAUCUUGAAAAAGAAAAGGUUUUAGAGGAAGAAAGAUUACGACUAGAAGAAGAAAAAAGAAAGUUUGAACUUGAGAAAGAAAGGAAAGCUCUGGAAGAUGAGAAGAAAAUGUUUGAAGAAUAUAAAAAACAAUUUCAGCUUGGUUUAGCAAUGGAAAGGGAGUCCAUGGAAAGGGAAAGGUUUGAGAACUACACAGUCCCCAGAAACCAGUAUUAUGAUGAUGAUAUCAAACCUUUGAGAAUUGAUCCAUUUGAUGACUAGCAUCACUACUAAUGCCCAAUAUAAUCUGAGCCAUGACAACUCUUGUAUUGCACGGAUAUUGAGAUAAAUGCUUAAUUUAGAUCUUUUGUUAAUCUGCAGAUUUAUUUAAUAUUUAUUCGAUAUCUCACAUUGUAAUCGUACCCUGGAUAUCGAGAUCAGGCCAUCAGGAUCAUGAGUUACCAACAAAAAAGUACCCAGCUCUGUUUAAUUAGAUCAUUUCCAUUUGGUAAAAUUUCAGAAGACACCAUUUUCAAACAUUGACCCACAUGCUUUAAACAAAUUCAAAAUUAAAACACAAAAGAAUAGAAAAAAAACUAAAUUAAGCGAAAAUAAAUGUUUUUAAAAUUU